AUGACAGAAAACGAGGAUUGGAUGCUGACUGCGGCGUCUGCAUCUGCAAUUGUUCAAUCGCAUCAAAAGGACAUAUACAUCGAGUCAAUCUUAACUAAGAAGCUUGAGAGCGCAUUGAAGCGUGUUAAAGGUCAAUAUUUCACAAAUGCAUAUGUUUUAGAGAUAAGAGUUGCUGCCAAGCUGUUGUACCUGGGUUUGACUACGUUGAGAGGCAAACGAACACUUGGUGAACAAUAUGUCGAUGUGAUCUACGUCGACAGGGCCAGAAAAAGUUUAUCUGGUUUGCUAAACCGGCUAUUGUUCGUAUUUGCUCACGCAUUAUUACCAUAUAUCGGCUCCAGAGUUUACUCCAAACUUUCGCAAGCCUGCAGUUUGCCGAACGCCAGGCGAAAUUGGCCACGACUAGGACGUCUCAUGGAAAUUUUGGAUUAUGGCCGCUCCUUCAAGCUGAUGGAACUGCUCACAGAGCUGCAUUUGAUCAUUUUUUAUUUUUUUGGAACUUAUUACCAUCUUUCAAAAAGGAUUUUUGGAUUAAGAUACGGACUGGCACAUAAAGUCGAUCAGUCGGAACGUCAGUUCCGCGAAUCUAGCGCUCGAGGCUAUAAAAUCCUCAGCAGCGUUGUUUUUAUUCGGUUUGGUAUUAACUUGGCAAAUGUAAUACGUGAUAUGCGCGAUCGUACGUUAGUGAGUCGAGAAUCGAAGGAUGACAAGACCUCCUCCAACGCCAAAAUUGACAAUCUACGCUUAUCCAAAAUCCCAAGAGAAAAUGACGUUUCACAUUUAGACAUGAAAGAUCCCGAUGUGCUUCCGUUCAUACCUCAAGAGUCGAGGAAAUGUGUUUUGUGCUUAUCUGAAAUGAGGGACCCAAGCUGUGGACCUUGUGGACAUCUGUUUUGCUGGUCAUGCAUUCUAGACUGGACGAAUGAGAGGCCAGAAUGCCCACUCUGCAGGCAAAAGUGUCUUCAGCAAUCUAUAUUACCGAUUAGGUGA